AUGGAGAUGGAAGAGUUUGCGCCAUCGUAUUACUAUUAUGUGGAACCUGAGAUGGGUUACCAGCCGCAGCAGCCGAACCCUAUGGAGGAUUUGAUUACUGUAUACCAUUUAGAUGACAUUUCACGCCAGGUGGCGAGAACCAAUGAGGACGGCACUAAAGCCGUUAAACUGCGGAAGUCCUAUAAGAACCAGAUUACAGAUUUAUCGGGCAAGUUUUCCUCUAUACCCAACAGAGAAAAUAGGAAAGGUGGUGAGAUAGCGCAUAUACUCUUUCAGAACAACCCGGAUAUGAUGAACCAGGUGCAUAGGUCGCCUGAUAUGACAGAUGAGCAAUGGAGAGAGGCACUGAUGAAUGUGGACGCUUCUUUGUUCCAAGCACCAAACAUGGACUGGGAGGUAUGUCAAAGUGUGCUGUCACAGUUUGAUAGAUCCUACCCAACGGAGUUUCAAAAUGACCCCAACUUCCAUGUAGAUGACCUGGCAUUUGAUCUGGACGGCACAGGAAAGAGCAAUGCGAAGAAGAGGAAGAAUAGAUCUAAUGGUAGCUCUAUGGCUACGCCGAAUAGUGAGAUGCAAGAUGAUGUCAAAAGAAGAAGACUUGAAUAA